CGAGUUCGAGUUAUCAUUAAUCAUUCCUUCUUUCGACUUUCAACUCAAGGACAGGGUUUCUGAAAGGCAGAGAACUUCUCCCUCGGAAUUGGCAUCAACUGAUGUUUUCAACGUCUCAGGGAGUGUUGCAACCGCAGUUGAUUGAUAUUUCUCAUAAACUGGACUCAAGGAUUUCGACCUAUCCGGGCGAUCCCUCCUUCGCGUGCAUACCGUUCUCCACCGUUGAAAAGGACGGAUGGAGUGUGCACUCUAUUUCCAUCGGCUCUCACUCUGGCACACACCUCGAUGCGCCUUCCCACCUCAAACGAAACGGAAAGACCGUUGAUGAAAUUCCGCUCAACAUGCUCAUCGGAAGAGCGAGGAUUAUCGACGUCACUGGGAAGAGUGCGUCUUCCAAGAUUACCUGGAAGGACAUACAAAGUCAUUUUCCUCAUUCAUCGAGUCCGUGGCGUAUUGUCAUAUUGUACACUGGAUGGGCAAAGUACUGGGGGACAGAUGAAUACCUUUCAUAUCCCAUUUUGGAGAAGCGAGCAGCUGAAGAGCUGAUAGCAAGAGAAGUCGCAGUUCUCGGCGUCGAUACUCUCAGUCCGGAUGCUAUCGAUGGUCCAGAUGGUUACGGUGUUCAUGAAGUGUUCCUAGGAGCGGACAAGGUUCUCGUCGAGAAUUUAAAUCUGACAGGGUUGCAGCCCGGGGAUGAGGUCAUGGUCAGCUUCCUCCCACUCAAACUUGCUGGAUGCGAUGGGUCUCCUAUAAGGGCUCUUGCGUGGAAAGAGAGAGAAGUGAGUAGAGGCGAAAACGGACUAUAGAUGUGAACCUGAUUGAGUUGAAUAUCGUUACACAGAGCAAUACAGGAGCAACUGAGGCAUUGGAGGAAUCCUGAUGAGGCAGAAAGAGGAGUUCGGAACUGAAUCGCCAUCGAGAGUCCACAUGAGGAGAGCCAUAAGAGCUUCAUCUGUAGCUUGACCAAACUUCAUGAGUGUUUAUUUGACCGAG